GAACCCUCAUGCUUGCGUCUCCAUAGAGACGCUUUGUUUACAGUUUUGUAUUAGGUCGCCAUGAAGCUGAAAAGGUUUCUUCUUAGAUAUUAUCCACCAGGAAUAAUUCUGGAGUUUGAGAAAGGGGGAGAGUUGAAGACUAAAUCCAUUGAUCUGUUGGACCUUUCUCCUGGUACGGACGCAGAGGGGUUAAUAGAGGAGAUCAGGAGGACGGAACCGCUCAUCACCGCCUCCCGCGCUGAUCAGGUCAAACAGCUGAUCCUUCGGCUGCAGGAGAAACUGGGCCAGCAGGAGGACCGCAGGUUCUACCUCUUCAAGGCCCUGCAGGCUCACAUCCUGCCCCUGACGAAUGUUGCCUUCAACAAAUCAGGGUCAAGUUUCAUCACUGGCAGCUAUGACAGAACGUGUAAGAUAUGGGACACAGUGUCGGGGGAGGAGCUGCACACCCUGGAAGGGCACAGGAAUGUGGUGUACGCCAUCGCGUUCAACAACCCCUACGGAGACAAGAUCGCGACAGGAUCUUUCGAUAAGACGUGCAAGUUAUGGAGCGCAGAGACGGGCAAAUGCUACCACACCUUCCGUGGACAUACUGCAGAAAUCGUAUGUCUGGCUUUUAACCCUCAGAGCUCCAUGCUGGCCACCGGAAGUAUGGAUACCACUGCCAAGCUGUGGGACGUCCAGACAGGAGAGGAGCUGGCCACGCUAAACGGCCACUCUGCUGAGAUCAUUGCUCUCUGCUUUAACACUGCGGGGGAUCAGCUGGUCACCGGCUCCUUUGACCACACCGUGUCCCUGUGGGACAUUCCGUCGGCCAGGCGCAUCCACACUCUGAUAGGACACAGAGGGGAGAUCAGCAGUGUGCAGUUCAACUGGAACUGCUCCCUCAUUGUCACCGGAUCCAUGGACAAGACUUCCAAGAUAUGGGACUCGCACAGCGGGAAGUGUGUGGCGACACUGGCGGGUCAUGAAGACGAGGUGCUGGACGUCUGCUUCGACUUGACUGGCCAGCUCAUCGCCACGGCAUCCGCUGAUGGCACGGCCAGGGUGUACAGGGCAUCCUCAGGCGAGUGCGCUGCCAGACUGGAGGGACACGAGGGCGAGAUCUCUAAGAUCUGCUUUAACCCCCAGGGCAGCAGAGUUCUCACCGCCAGUGCAGACAAGACCGCGCGGCUGUGGGACGUGGCCUCUGGGGUCUGCCUGCAGGUGCUGGAAGGACACACCGAUGAGAUCUUCUCCUCCGCCUUCAACUACGAGGGCGACACCAUUAUUACAGGCAGUAAGGACAACACCUGCCGCAUCUGGCGCUGAGGGGGCAGCGUGUGGACUGGGCCCUCCUCGGUGGAGGAGACUCAGUCUGUGGAGAAGAAGUGACUGUUAGGGGGUCAGUAGGCUUGAAACAAAUUUGAAUACGACGUGUUCGCGAAGGCUGCUGAACAGCUGUUGAACACGGAGCUGGGAGCUGAGUCUGUAUAGUCUGUUAGUUUAAGGACUAACAGCUUCAGCAAGUUUAGCCUCAAACCCAUUCGUCUUGGAAACGAGCAGGACAAAUGGACACGAUAUAAACAGAAGGUUCACUGGAAACACAUGGCCUACAAUGCAGCCAAUGACGCGAGUGAACCAACUGCAGGCGAUGGUGUAUUGGGCGGUGAACAAGGCUGUGUGGUGAUUUAGACUAGAUCGGCUGGCCAGCCUGUGCACACUGCGGCAAAUUCGAAAGUUUGAAGUCUACUGAGCCUUUUAGCCGAAAAGCCUGGUAUUAAUGAGAAAAUACAGUAUUUUCAUACUUUAUGUAUGACCAGAACACCCUCACCUUGGAUACACUUUACCCUUCCUUUCAACUCUUCCUGAAUGCUACCGUCUCCCUCAUAGUCUUGCCUCAGCAUCUACCCGUAGGCUCCGUAAUGUUGGGACGUAUUUCUGAUCAUGUAUUUCUAACAAGAGAGAGAAUCAUAAUCUCAUUAUGAAUGCAUUUAACUGUCUGUCAUCUGUAAUGAGGAAUGCUAGUUAUACUGCCUUGGUUUCCAUUAAA